AUGGGCCUGAUAAGAGCGGCCAGCAUCGUGAGCGACGGCUCGGAUCUCCUACUCAAAACUCCAGCAAUUUACCAGCAAGUCUUCAAAGGCCAGAAGUUCAUAUUUCAUCGCAGCCAAAGGAGGAGCUACCUCAGCAGCAGCGGACGGGGGUGCUCAAUAAAACGGUUUGAAGGACAGAACGACACGCCCGUCCAUGAGUGGCCGUCGCCCGCGUGUCCCCCGCCCCCCCCGGUGCCCCUCGCCGCCGUCCCCCCUGCCCCUGCCCCGGUGCCCCUCGCCGCCGUACCCCCUGCCCCUGCCCCCCGGUGCCCCUCGUUGCAUCCGUCACCCCCGUGCUCCUCCUCCCCCCAGGACUGCAUCGCCUCCCCCGCCCCUGCCCGGUGCCCCUCGCCGCCGUCCCCCCUGCCCCUGCCCCCCCCCCCGGUGCCCCUCGUUGCAUCCGUCACCCCCGUGCUCCUCCUCCCCCAGGACUGCAUCGCCUCCGCCGUCCCCCAUGCCCUCUGCCCUCCUGCGCCCUGCGUCGUCUCCCGCCCCGGUGCCCCUCCCCCCGGAGCCGCGUCGCCCGCCGCCCGGACGAAUCCCGCGCCGAAACGGACAGCGCGAUCGGAGCACAGCAUCUCGGCGUUUGAAGAGCCUACCUAG